GUAACUGGAAUUGCCCGGCCCAGCCCAGCCCUCUACAGUUUGCACUUUGCACUUCGCACGCCGGCCCCCUCCAUAUCCAUUCUCCUCCACGGCUACCCUGCGAAAGGAGACCACCACGACUCAGCCGUCUGGGUUCGGCGUUGCGCCCACACCAAUGAAGAAGAAUCGGUAGGAAGUGGUCAUCCAAAAACCCAAUUUCUCGAAGUCUCGAACUGAUGCUCUUCGUCCCGGGUAAAUUACAGUCACCCGAAGCAGUUAUUGGAGUACAAGCAUCUUGCUAUGAUACAAUCAACUUUCAUCCGCCCAAAAAUCUUAGCCAAAGCGAUGUCAGGAUGUUACUAAUUACAAAAGGAAAACUGGAAACUGUGUUAAGGCCUUUGAAGCAUUGGGUUACUUUGCAGAAUGUGCAGCUUAGGAGCAAAAUUGACAACGUAUUCUCUAUGCUCUGCUCUUAGUUCUUGUGCUAAAACACAUAAUCUGUUCUCGGGUUUGCAAAUUCAUGCUCAAAUCGUCAAAAUCGGAUUUGAAGAGAACUUAUUUUUGAACAGUUCACUUGUUGAUUUAUACUCCAAAUGUAACGCCAUUGUGAAUGCCAAAAGGGUUUUCUCUCGUAUGAAGACUCAUGACCAAGUAUCUUGGACUUCUAUCAUAUCAGGGCUUUCUCAAAAUGGGUGUGGUAGUGAAGCCAUCCUGAUGUUCAAGAAGAUGUUGGUAACUCAGGUUAGACCCAACUGUUUUACUUAUGCCACUGUUAUUAGUUCAUGCCCAACUUUGAAGAAUGAACUUCAGAUUCAUCUUGCAACUUUGCUUCAUGCCCAUGUUAUCAAAUUUGGUUUUACUUUUAGCAGUUUUGUAAUUAGCUCUACUAUUGAUUGUUACUCUAAACUAGGAAGAAUACAAGAAGCUGCUCUGCUCUUUUCCGAGACUAGUGUGAAGGAUAAUAUCAUAUUUAAUUCAAUGAUAUCAGGGUAUUCUCAAAACUUGUAUGGGGAAGAGGCGUUAAAACUGUUUGUAGAAAUGAGAGCUAGUAAUUUGAGCCCAACUGAUCAUACAUUAACUAGUGUUUUAAAUGCUUGUGGGUGUCUAACAGUACUUGAACAAGGAAGGCAAGUCCACUCUCUUCUUACAAAAAUGGGAUCAGAAAAUAAUGUGUUUGUAGUCUGUUCUUUACUAGAUAUGUACUCAAAGUGUGGCAGCAUCGACGAGGCAUUUUCAUUAUUCAAUCAGACAGUACAAAAAAACAGUGUGUUGUCGACAUCGAUGAUUAUGGCUUUUGCUCAAUGUGGUAGAGGCUUAGAAGCAUUAAAGCUCUUCGAGGGAUUACUAGAUGAGGCAGUUGAAUAUUUCAAUAAAAUGAGGUGUGAAUACCAAUUAGAUCCUCAAAUUGAUCAUUAUGCUUGUUUGAUUGAUCUCUAUGCCAGAAAUGGGAAUGUAGAGAAGGCCAAGCAAAUGAUGGAGCAAAUGCCUUACGAAUCUAAUUACGUAAUGUGGUGUUCCCUCUUAGGUGCUUGUAAAGUUCAUGCAGAGGUUGAGCUUGGGAGGGAGGUGGCGUAUCGACUAAUUGAGAUGGAUCCAAGUAAUGCUGCACCAUAUUUAACGCUUGCUCAUAUCUAUGCAAGAGCUGGUUUAUGGACACAGGUGGGUGAGAUUAGAAAAGAGAUGCAACAAAAAAGGGUAAGGAAAAGUGCAGGGUGGAGUUGGAUUGAGAUAGAUAAGAAAACUCAUGUAUUCUCAGUUGGUGAUGCUGCUCAUCCUAAAUCAUGUGAGAUUUAUUCAAAACUUGAUCAACUGAAUUUGGAUAUGAAAGCAGCUGAACAAUCACCAAAAGCACUUGAAUAUGAUGUUGAGUGUCAAUGUCAGUGAUGGAACAGAGUUAUUGUUUGAAGUUCUAAUAGUAGACUAGUUGGAAAUGAGAAUCCAGGGGAUUCACGUUUGCAGUGAAUUCUUGGAUGAGUAAUGAUCGUAUUUGUUUAGGAUAGUUGGAUUAUAAAAAAUGGCGGAGACUACCAGGGUGUGGCAAUCGAUUGCAACCCAUGAGUCUGUUUAUGACAAUCAAACACCAAAGUUAUGAUUAAUCAAAUUAGAAGAUGGGUUCGUUGGCAUUCUUGUUCAAGUAGGGUUAAUGUGUUCCAAUUGUAGGAAAGAAAGAAAAUGUCACUAGAAAUCAAAGGAAUUAAUAGACAGAGUUGGAUAGAUGAAGAUAGUGAAGAACAAGGAAUUGCAAAAGAGAAGCCUGAAAAGGGAAAAAUGAACUAUUCGGUCAUCUUGAUGAAGACCUUGGUUCGAAUAGCAAGAGGUAGAGCGAGGUUAAGGAUCAAGAAACAACAUAGAAGUGAAAGCUGAGCAUUGAGAUGAAGAGAGUGAGAAUCUAGCUCAACACGCGUGAUUGAAUUGGUUGUUUAGAUCAUUUCAUGCUUGGUGAUGAUGUAAACAAAAGAACUUAAAUUUUAAAAAAGGCAGAUCAAAUUUCAUUUGGACAUCUGAUGUUUGGUAUAAGAUGCAGUCUAACUCAGGAACCACUCCCAUGGACACUUGUGCUUUCCUUUUCAAGUUUUGCUUGAAUUAUAUCUUUGUAGUUCUUUUGAUAUUAUAAAUCAAGGCAAAAUACUGAAAUCAUUUAGUAUGUCUUUUGUCAAUAGUUUAGUAAUUAUUUGAUUCUUUAUUUUUUUAAUAAAUCUACCUUUCGUAUUCU